AUUUGUAGGAGUGACAGAUUCAUUGCAGAUAGGAUCUUUUUAGGAGUGUGUUUUGUUGACAUAGCUGUAAUGCUCUUACAAAACCUUGUUUUAGCUGAGUCACUAUUGUCAUCGGCUAUGGAAUGUGUUUGGAUGGGAAUGUUCAGCCAGAGUCUUUAAGGAAAGAGUAAUAGCAUCAAGCCUGUUGACAUUUGGAAAAGGCAGUCUAAAUGAUGUUAGAGAUCAGAAAUUGGUGACUCAUUAUAUGUCCUGAAACCCUGUACAAAAGUGUAGUGCAGAUCUUUGUGUUUUCCAGUUCUUCAUUCGAGUUAAAAACAUACUGAAAGAGCUGGUAUAGCAUGUUCCUUAUGAGAUACAGUCCCAGCAUCCUGUCAUCAACUAUUUGAGAUAGAGUUUGCAGCAAUCGAGGAAUCUCACUGAGUUCAAGGUCAGAAGUGCUUUACACAUGAAAUCUACUGGCUCUUUAGCUGAUUCUGCCCUGUCACCAUCUCAACAGAAUUGGAUUUACAGUCAUGGAGGAACAUCAGCAACAUUUACACUGUGUGAACUGUGUCAGCCGUCGUUGUAUGACGAGACCAGAGCCUGGCAUUUCCUGUGAUUUGAUUGGCUGCCCGUUGGUUUGUGGAGCAGUUUUUCACUCAUGUAAAGCUGAGGAACAUCGCAUGUUAUGUCCACUUGAAAGAGUGCCUUGUUUGAAUAGUGGCUUUGGAUGUCCCUUCAUAGUAGCCCGAAAUAAAAUUGCUGAUCAUCUAGAAGUUUGUCCUGCAAGUGUGGUAUGUUGUACCAUGGAGUGGAAUAGAUGGCCAGUCAGUUACGCAGACCGAAAAUCUUACGAAAAUCUGAGUAAAGAUGUUGAUGAAGUGGAACAGCUAGAUAUGGCUUUAGCCCUUCAAGACCAGCGCAUGUUAUUGGAAUCACUUAAAGUAGCUACUAUGAUGUCAAAAGCAGGUGAUCAAAUACCAGAAUCCAGAGAGCAAACCUCUGUCAAAUCAAGUGCCCCAGAUACAGUGCAUUCAAAUGGAUUGAUACCUGUUGAUGAAGAAUCCUAUGGUGCACUUUAUCAAGCUACUGUAGAAACAACAAGGAGUUUAGCUGCUGCUCUGGAUAUCCUCAACACUGCUACAAGGGACAUUAAUAUGUUAAGUUCAAGGCUCUGCAUUUCACCACAUGAGAUGAAAGAAGAUACUGAAGCUUCUAAUGGCAUUAUUCAGGAUAAAAAGUCUGACCGUGAAUAUCCAGAUGAAGAUAACGUAGGAGCAGUUGGGGGAAUUAACUUGGAUAGCCUGAGUCAAAAUUCACAAAUGGAGCAAAAUGGUUCUAGUGAUAUUUGUUAUGAUGUAGUGCAAAACCAUGAUUUAAGUCUAAACCUCAAUAACUCCUCACUUUUGUGUAAUGGCUUUCAUGUGGAAAAUGAAUGUUCAAAGGUGUUGGACCAGAAUGAAGAUCUUGGUGUAUCUAAUUCAAAACCAUCCAGUAUAGCAAAUGGCGAAUGUACUGCAUCUCAUGAUGAUGAAGAAUUACAGUCUUGCAGCUCCUUCCCUGUAACAGCACAACUGAAAGAAGUAAUAUCAGCUGAUCACUUAGUUAAUGGCAAUGUUAAUCAUAUACUACUUCCCCAUAAUGCUAACGAAGAAGAAAUGUUAGAGAGGCAGGUGGAGCAAGAAAGAUUGAGAAACGUAGAUGCGUUUUCACUUUUACGGCAUCGAUCGUACAAAUUCCUUGUUAACCACUAUUGGUCUGCACCAAAAGAAGACAAAGCUGUUGAUACAUCAGAUUUGGAGAUAACAGAAGACCCUAUGGGUCUUCAGGGGAUUGAUCUAAUCACUGCAGCUCUGUUGUUUUGCCUAGGAGACUCUCCUGGAGGUAGGGGGAUAUCGGAAAGUCGCACUGUCGAUGUGUAUCGUGUUGACUUUGGGACCCAAACAUUUUCUCUCCCAUCUGCUAUAUUGGCCACAAAUACAAUGGUGGGGGAAAUAGCUUCAGCCUCUGCAUGUGAUCAUGCCAACCCACAGCUCUCAAAUCCAAGUCCAUUCCAGACCCUUGGACUGGAUUUGGUAUUGGAAUAUGUGGCUAGAUACCAAACAAAACAGCGUUCAAUGUUUACAUUUGUUUGUGGACAGUUGUUUCGGAGGAAUGAAUUUUCAUCACAUUUUAAGAAUGUGCAUGGUGACAUUCAUGCUGGCCUUAAUGGCUGGAUGGAGCAGAGGUGUCCUUUGGCAUAUUAUGGGUGUACAUACUCUCAACGAAGGUUUUGUCCUUCAACACAAGGGGCAAAAAUUAUUCAUGACCGCCACUUACGGUCAUUUGGAGUUCAGCCUUGUAUAUCCACAGUAUUAGUAGAACCAGCAAAAAGCUGCUUAAUUGGACUUCACAAUGACCAUCUGAGUAGUCUACCUUUUGAGGUUCUGCAGCACAUUGCUAGUUUUCUAGAUGGCUUUAGUUUAUGUCAGCUUUCAAGAGUGUCACGUUUAAUGAGAGAUGUGUGUGGAAGCUUGCUUCAAGCACGUGGAAUGGUGAUACUGCUUUGGGAGAAGAGAAAGUACCCAGAUGGAAGUUCUUCCUGGCAGAUAAAAGAAAAGGUUUGGCGCUUCAGUACGGCCUUCUGUACCGUGAAUGAGUGGAAGUUUGCUGACAUCGUAAGCAUGGCCGACCACUUGAAGAAGUGUAGCUAUAAUGCCGUGGAGAGAAGAGAGGAGGCUGUUCCGCUGCCAUGUAUGUGUGUAACACGAGAACUCACUAAAGAAGGACGUUCGCUUCGCUCUGUUUUGAAACCAGUACUUUAAAUAUUGCAACCACUCCAAUUGCACAUACACUCAAGCACCUGAUAAACCUCGGUAAUAUUACGUGACACUUUAUUAAUGUACUAAAGAUACUUUCUAGCUAAAUCUACUCUGUCACUGUGUAUAUAAGGUUUGAAGUGACAUUUAUUUUUUAUAAUACUGUUUAGCUGGAAAGUCAUGAAAGUUGCCUUAAUGUUUGAAAAAUUCGGAACUUGCUGGACAGGGUAGUUUUAUCUAACUUAUAUAAUUUAAGAACAAAAUCCUAAGGUGUGUUUUCUGAUUCACUGGUGCCCAUGUUGCUGUUGACUGAUAACAUUUCAAAAAUGGCCUCUGAACGGUAUGCACGUUUAGAUAGGAAACACUGAAUUGUAGUGAGACAAAGUCCUGACCAAAUGUACUUUCUGUAUUUGGUCUAUUUUUUUU